AUGCAACUAUUACGAACAGCUGACUUUUUUGGAGUUCCCUUCAUUCAAUAAAUUGAUCAAAAGUAAUCAAUAUAUAAAAGUGCCUUUGGAGGAUUAGUUACUUUACUUAUAUGUUCUGCAAGUUUGGGAUAUGCUAUCUGGGUUUUUUAUUAAUGGCAAAAUAAUUAGCUAAGUCCCAAAAUUUCUAAUUCAAUAUACGUAUCUGAUUUUUCAUUAUUGGAUUUGAAUUAUGAUGUAAUAAAACUUUAUUAUUGGAAAUUUGGUGAAAACUAAAUAGAUCCUUUUGAAUCAAAAAUAUUAUUACCAUUAGUUAUGUAUACAACCAAUUUUAGCUUUACCGAACUUUCAGUUAUAAAUAUGUCAAAUGAAACUUCUGUUGAUGGAUCAAGUAAAUACAUAAUACCAAAAAUGAGCUUAGCUUUUUAGACUAUAAAUGGGGAGUUAUAUACAACAUCAGAGAUGUACAUAGAAAUAGUUUUAUGUUCAGAGAUUUAUCUUUAACCAAAUGAAAAAUGUGCUUCUUAAGAAUUAUCUGAUGAAUUUUUUAAACAACCUUUAAAUACUGUAGUCAUGCAAGUUCACUAUAAAUCUUUAGACUCAAGAGACGGCUCAGAGUAGACAAGUUUAUAAGAAUUUUAUGUGUAGAUUGAAAAAUAAAAUUGUUAUACUUUAAAUACAUUUUUAUCUAGCAACUUAUAUGAAGUUUAAGAUUCAUUUUUAUUUGGAAUGCCUAGUUACUUUGAAUACAUAAUAGGAUCAUCAAUACAAACUUAAACAAAUUCUUUUGAAUAUUGUAAAUAGACUUAUGAAAACGAUGUAAUAGCAUUAAUUUAUAUUAUGAUGAAAGGAAACCAAACAAAAACUAUUUUUCAGCAUCCACACGUUGGAGACCUCUUAGCUAACAUUGGUUCUAUUGUAUCAGUUCUUUUUAUGAUUAAACAUCUCAUUAUAAUUCUAAAUGAAUACUUUCUUAAUUAAAAGAUACUAAAUGAAUUAAUAUCAUUUUAUUACCCAGACUUUAAGAAUAUCAUGAUAUUAAGAGAUUGGAAAUAAAAAAUAAAAAAGAUUUCUUUGCAUCAAAAAGAUGUAGAUAUAAAAGAGUAUAAAAGAUUUUAUAAAAAAGUAAAGUAAUAAAUGGAGACAAAACUAAGUUAUCUGAAUAUGCUAUAUGAAUUAUCCAGAAUUUAUUUUAUUAUUAGGUCCUCAAAUUACAGGGAAGAAUUAAAAAAAUCUCAUUCAGUAGGCAUAAAGAUGAAUUUUCCGUAAACUAAUGAAAAUUUUCUUGAUUCAGGGCCUAAUUCUAAUCUUUCAAAUAGAUUACCUAUGAAUCUGUUAGUUUUAAAUGACGAAGAUGCCAAUUUAUUAUCACUGGCUAUGAGGAAAUAAGUAUCAAAAUUAGAUCCAUUAUAAGAAGAGAUUUGUCCUGAAAAUAAUUAUUAUGAGAUAAAUAAAUUAAAAUGA